ACACACGGGCGCACGCACACCGCAGCCGGGCCGGGGACGGCAGUGUCUGCGGCAGCCCCAGAGGUCCGGGGCGCGCAGCCGGGUCCCCUCUAGAGCGCCGCCGGCCGCCCCGCCCCGUCCCGCCCCGCCCCUCGAAUCCGCCGGGUGCGCAGUGGGCUGCAAACUUUCGCGGCGCGAGUCCGCCGAGGCAGCGCGCCGAGUCGGGCUCGGUUUGGCUUUGCGCUGCUCCGGACGGCCGUGACCGCUGUCCGGGGGCUCGGGCCGCCGGUAUCCACGGACCACGCGCCCGGCUGCCUGUUCCGCUAAGCCCCUCGCCCCGCGCGGAACCCGGUAUCCAGCGCCCUGCUGCCAGGGCUCUCCCCGCGCGUCCUACUGCCGCGAGGUCAGUCCGCAACCUCCGGUGCGCCCGCGCUCGCCUUCCUCCUCCUGGACUUUGGCCCUUUGCUGCCCUCACCACGCCAUGGCUCGUGUCCCCACUCGGACCAGCCAGGGCCCCGGACCCCAACUGCUACCGCUGCUGCCGCUGUUUCUGCUGCUGCUCCGGGACGCGGCCGGCAGCCACAGGGCUCCCGCCUGGUCCGCACUGCCCGCGGCCGCAGACAGCCUGCAGGGGGACAGGGAUCCCCAGCGGCCCCCUGGGGACGCGGCCGCCACGCUGGGCCCCGGCGCCCAGGACAUGGUCGCUGUCCACAUGCACAGGCUCUAUGAGAAGUACAGCCGGCGGGGCGCGCGGCCGGGAGGGGGCAACACGGUCCGCAGCUUCAGGGCCAGGCUGGAAGUGGUCGACCAGAAGGCCGUGUAUUUCUUCAACCUGACUUCCAUGCAGGACUCGGAAACGAUCCUUAUGGCCACUUUCCACUUCUACUCAGAGCCUCCUCGGUGGCCCCGAGCGCUCGAGGUGCUAUGCAAGCCGCGGGCCAAGAACACUUCAGGGCGCUCGCUGCCCCUGGGCCCGCCCGCACGCCAGCACCUGCUCUUCCGCAGCCUCUCGCAGAACACGGCCACACAGGGGCUACUCCGCGGGGCCAUGGCCCUGUCGCCCCCGCUGCGCGGCCUGUGGCAGGCCAAAGACAUCUCCCCCAUCGUCAAGGCGGCCCGCCGGGAUGGCGAGCUGCUCCUCUCCGCCCAGCUGGAUUCUGAGGAGAGAGACCCGGGGAUGCCCCGGCCCAGCCCCUAUGCGCCCUACAUCCUCAUCUACGCCAACGACCUAGCCAUCUCGGAGCCCAAUAGCGUGGCGGUGACGUUGCAGAGAUAUGACCCUUUCCCUGCUGGAGACCCUGAGCCCUACGCAGCCCCCAACAGCUCAGCGGACCCCCGCGUGCGCCGAGCCGCGCAGGCCACCGGGCCCCUCCAGGACAACGAGCUGCCGGGGCUGGAUGAGAGGCCGCCGCGCGCCCACGCGCAGCACUUCCACAAGCACCAGCUAUGGCCCAGCCCCUUCCGGGCGCUGAAACCCCGGCCAGGGCGCAAAGACCGCAGGAAGAAGGGCCAGGAGGUGUUCAUGGCCUCCUCGCAGGUGCUGGACUUCGACGAGAAGACGAUGCAGAAGGCCCGGAGGAAGCAGUGGGACGAGCCGAGGGUGUGCUCCCGGAGGUACCUGAAGGUGGACUUCGCAGACAUCGGCUGGAAUGAGUGGAUAAUCUCACCGAAAUCUUUCGAUGCUUACUACUGCGCGGGAGCCUGUGAGUUCCCCAUGCCUAAGAUUGUUCGUCCAUCCAACCAUGCCACCAUCCAGAGCAUUGUCAGGGCUGUGGGCAUAGUCCCUGGCAUCCCAGAGCCCUGCUGUGUUCCCGAUAAGAUGAACUCCCUUGGAGUCCUCUUCCUGGAUGAGAACCGGAAUGUGGUUCUGAAGGUGUACCCCAACAUGUCCGUGGACACCUGUGCCUGCCGGUGAGACCACUCCAGGGUGGAAAGAAGCCACGCCCAGCAGAGCCGCCUUCUCGGAGCCUUCUGCAGCCAGGACUUAACUUGUGGUGCAGCUGCAGACACAGAGCAGAGCUCAUGGGCAACAUCACUGGGGCCCAGAGAGAGCUGUCCACCAGUGCAUCAUUUGAGGGUCUUUCAUUGCUAGUGACUAGCCCCUUAAAUGCCAGCCUGAGUCCCUGAAGGAAUCUGGGAAUUAGCCCUGGCCUGAAAGUGGCCCAUGAUUCAUACCCACUGUUCUGAAGGCUUGAAAAGAAAACAUAUCCACAACAUUGACUGAUGUGAUCAUCAUCUCGUGACUGAGCAAGAAGACUAUGCAAAGCUCAGUGCGCUUGCUCCCUGCCCACGGAAAGAACUCUGUUUAAAUGCUCAGUUCAGAACACUUUGGGCCACAUAGUCAUUUUGGAAAACAGGAUAAUCGUGGUGUAAAUGGGUGUUUCCUUUCAAAUUUCACUACAGAGCUUUUAUUCAUACGGUAUGCACAUGUAACCAAUGUUGGUUUCUUUUUCUUAAUAUAUAUAUUUUAUUUUAAAACAAAAAAGGAGGGCGUUGACACCAUUCCCCAGAGAGAUAGUCAUGCUGAGUGUGGGUUGUUUAAACAUGCAUAUUGAAAUAACACAUAUAGUAACGUCAGAAUACUAAAAAAUAACCAAGAUUUUAUAUUUUUGUAAAUUAUACUUUCUAUACUGUAGAUUGUGUAUGUUAUGUGUUUUUAUGAAAAGCUAAUAAAUUAAAGGUACAGUGGUAUCUUGAAAAA